AUAACAUUGGAAUCAAUCAGUGUCGGCUCGUUAGCCCCAGUGAAGAGAGAGACAGGAAAAUGGACUUAUUCUCACAAGACUAUUCCUAAAUUGAAACAGACAUGUACCUUAUCCAGUAUCCACCAUCAAAAAAAUCUAUGCAAACCUUAUCUACUCAUGUCACCAAUCAAGCUUUAUAUGUUUGAUAUCUUACUCUCUGUCCCUCUGUAUCCUCUAAAACCAAACUUCAUAGAAUCCAAUCAGGAAAAUGCAGGCAGCCUUUACCCUUUCAACACCAGCCAUCUCCAUUGCACCACCCUCCAAGACCAUGGCUUUGCCACGGAAAUCCACACCAAAGAUUCAGUUUCCUCCAUGCCGCGCAAGGAGAACAGCUGCAGCGGCAAAUGACAAUUCAACAGUUGAUUAUAGCUCCAUGACCUCUGUUUUUCCUGCUGAGGCUUGUGAGACCAUUGGGGGAGAAGCUUGUGAUGUGGAGAUGUAUCCGGAGGUGAAGCUCAAGUCGGAGUCUGAAAGCACCAAGACCAGGACUACUUCUGAGCUGUAUGACAGGGAAUAUGUGGAGUACAACAGUCCUAAGACGGUCUUCCUGGAUGAGGCUUGUGAUGAUCUUGGAGGAGAAUUUUGCGAGCCAGAGUAUAAGGCAUGAGUUUACUAGAAGACAGUAACAGAAGGCUGCAAGGUGCAAAACCAAUAUGUUUCUAUACUUGUAAUUGACUUUCUUAAUAUCUGUGAAUAACUUGACAGAAUUGCAGCUUACCUGUAAAGUUCUUGACUAAGGGUCCUGGUUUUGAAGCUAAUGAACUUCUUCUUGUUCCUUACGAGUUCCUUUUGUUGUUGUUGCUGCUGCUGUGGACAUAGCAAAUUAAAUCCUAAGCAGUAACUUGAGAACAGAAUGUGAAUAAAAUAUAUCACAAAAAUGUAU